AUGGCCCACGCCUACCGACCGCUACAGGAAUCAAGCGCCAGCGGCGGAGACUCUGGAGAGUUCAGGCUUAUUGAACUUCGGAGAGGCGCUUCAGGAGAGCCUAUUGUAUGCAAGCUGCAUCACUAUCCUCUCGACCAAGCGCCACAAUACGAUGCCAUCUCCUAUGUCUGGGGUGACCCCACAGAUACUCGCGAGAUAAGUAGUCCCGCCGGCUCGAAACAGAUCACAAACAAUCUGCACUCUGCUCUUCAACAAUUUCGCCACCCCGAUCGAGAGCGUCUUCUGUGGGCAGAUGCAAUCUGCAUCAACCAGGCCGAUAUCGUGGAGCGCGGGCAUCAAGUUGCUGUGAUGCGAAAGAUCUACAAUGGCGCAUCGAAUGUCUUGAUCUGGCUAGGAGGCGAGACAGGUACCGACGAGGAUGCUUUCGGAGCUAUCGAUAUCCUCAACGAAAAACUUCCGUUAGAGUACGGCCUCCUGCAAGAGACUCGCGCGAACGUUUCAAUGGCAGACAUUAACGCAGCUGGGCAAUUCCUCUCGAAGCCAAGGUGGCAGGCACUGGGUCGACUAUUCGAAAAUCCCUGGUUCUCUAGAGUCUGGGUGAUCCAGGAAGUGGCUUAUGGAAAGGAUGCAAUGGUGUUCAGGGGCUCGCGGUCGGUGUCAUGGACAAUUUUCCGUUCUGUCGCUUCUCGGAUUCUUGGCCAUCACCUGUCCAACUGGCUCGAAGCAUCACAACCGGAUGCUAUGGUAGAUACAUUGAGGCACAUUUCGACUGUGAUGCGACGGGAUAUCGCGUUUCAGAACGAUUUCUUCAAGAUGCUGUGUCUUUGCCGGACAUUCAAAAGUACUGACCCUCGAGACAAAAUCUAUGCACUAUUGGGCAUGUCAACGGACCCCGUAGCAAGAAGGAUACGGCCAGACUACACCAAGGAUAUCACGAGUGUGUUUGUCGAGUUUACAGUCGCAGAUAUGACCGCCCAGACAUCGUUACGACAUAUCAUCGUCGCACCAUCAUACGCGCGUAGCGAGAGCAUGGAUCUGCCUAGCUGGGUUCCCGACUGGACCCAGGCUCCUGCCGCCAUGAAUUUCGACUUUAUUGCAACAUACCGAGCCUCUGGUGAUGUGCCACCCCGAUUCUCAGUGUCGCGAGACGGCCGAGUGCUAUACGUGACCGGGAAACAUCUCUCCUCGCCAGCCAAGAUAGGGAAGACUAUCUCGGAGAUACAAGCCGUGAACGAACAUCUCAAUGCGACCGGCCAGCAGCGACAGCCCACAUUCAAAUGGAUAUACGACUGGCUGACCGACUGCCACGGCGUAGCGUUUGGAGAGAACGUCAACAUAUCUCGCGAUUUCUGCGACACCGAUGAAUACACAGCGUUUCUCAAGGCCCUCUGUUGCGAACUCGAUUAUGACGUUUCAACGCCACCGUUCGAUAGUUAUCUUCGAUCCAUACGUUACAUGUACCGACAUGCCAAGACGCUACUGGGUCUGUAUAACCCCGAUGCGACUCUACAGUCCGACAGCUACUAUAAUGUUGCGAGCGUCUUCUCGCAGCAAGUUCUGGUCCUGCAACGCGAUGUCCUGAACUCUGUCCUCUUGAAGCGCUUUUGCCGACUAGCUACUGGUCAAAUUGGAUGGGUUUCCCCGGACACACGGUUGACGGACACGGUCUCCGUUCUGUACGGUUGUCGACAUCCAUUGGUACUGCGUCCGGUUGACGAAAUCCACGUCAAGCUGGUCGGGGACUGCUAUUUCCAAGGGUUGAUGGACGGUCAAGCGUUGCGUAGCAACUCGUUUAGCGAGACUGAGUUCAAGAUCAAAUAA